CCCCGGAGAUCCCUCAUGAGGAGGGGCUGCAAACGCAGAUCACGGGGAUCUGAGGAGGAAAGACCAACCCUGGGCCAGGGGGGUGGCCGGAGCUCAGAGCUGGGGGUCGACGAGCAGCUUCAGGGUAAGGAGAAGCCCCACAACUGCUUGGAAUGUGGGAAGAGCUUCAGCCAGAGGUCCAACCUGAUCUGCCACAUGAGAAUCCACACGGGGGAGAGGCCCUACAUAUGUGAGGAGUGUGGGAAGAGCUUCAGCCGGAGAUCCAACUUGACUGUCCACCUGAGGAGCCACACCCAGGAGAGGUCUUACAAGUGUGGGGAGUGUGGGAAGAGCUUCAGCCGGAUCUCCUGCCUGAUUGUCCACCUGAGGAGGCACACCGGGGAGAAGCCCUACAAGUGUGAUAAAUGCAGAAAGGGGUUUGAGACCAGCUCUGAUCUCCUCAGGCACCAGCGCACUCACACAGAGGAGAGACCCUUCCUCUGCCCCGACUGUGGGAAAGGCUUCAAGUACAACUCCUCCCUUGUCAGCCACCAGCAUAUGCACACCCGGGAGCGGCCCUAUGAGUGUCCCGAGUGUGGGAAGAGAUUCACCCACAAGUCGAACCUGAUUGUCCACAAGAGGAUCCACACCGGCGAGAGGUCUUACGAGUGUGGGGAGUGUGGGAAGAGCUUCUGCCAGCGCUCGCACCUGAUCUACCACCUGAGGAGCCACACUGGGGAGAAGCCCUAUGAGUGUGAUAAAUGCAGGAAGAGGUUUCAGAGCAGCUCUCAUCUUGUCAGGCACCAGCGCAUUCACACGGAGGAGCGGCCCUUUCGCUGCCCUGAGUGCGGGAAGGGCUUCAGGGACAACUCCAGCCUCGUGACCCACCGGCGCAUCCACACUGGGGAGAGGCCCUACGAGUGCCCAGAGUGUGGGAAGAGCUUCUCACAGAGCGGUAACUUGAGAAUACACCAACGGAGCCAGCACUAAGGGAAGCCCUGCACGUGCCCCGCAUGCAGGGAGAGUUUCAUGUGCUCCUCCAGCUCCAUCCCCCAUGGGAUCCACACUGGAUGAUCCCCAGAGAGCGUCGGUGGGCAGAGCCCCGGUGAUCUGUGGUGCCAGUGAUCCGUGUUGGGAAGACACCUGGCUGGGGGCUCCACAUCCUCCUGGCUCUCCAUGGGCACCUGCACACAUCCACAGACCAACACCAGACAUCCAUUGUGGAGAGCAGAUUUGUUGACCUCUGACUCCAGAAAAAUCUCACUUUUUUGCAUCUUCUGGUGUCAUCAAGCAACACUGGAUGACCUUGGAGGUAAUUUCCCACAUAAAUCCGUCCUUUUAAUUCUGUCUGGCCCACGGGCAUCUUCCACAGCCAAAUGGGGACAGACUGGGGUAAACCCCUGAUUUUGGAGACGGUGGGGUGGAAGCCCAUCCACUAAAGGUUCUUCCCACCCACCCAAACAUGUGCAUUCUCUAUUGGCAGGAUACGUAAACCCUUUUGUUUUGGUCUUGAAAUUAAGAGGUUUCCUGUGACGGUGUUCACAGGGGUCUUAGGAUGAGGGAAGAGACAUCAAUCUGACUCCAUGUUUCGGAAGGCUUCAUUUAUUAUUUUAUUAUAUAUAUUACAUUAAAA